ACCCUCCCACUUCCUCUGCAACUCUGGCAACCUCCAUUCUCACCCCAAAAUUACUUUAAACAAACACUUUCUUCUUCUUCUUCCCAUCUUCCCGCCGGCUUCAAUGGAUGCCCGCCGGCGACCCACCAGAUCAUCUAAGAUCUUGCUUCCAGAUGAUACCGCCGUCAAAGCGUCGGAUGCUUUCUCCCUCCCGUUAUACCUAACCAACGCCGUCUUCUUCACCCUCUUUUUCUCCGUUGUUUAUUUCUUACUGUCUCGAUGGCGCGAGAAGAUCCGUCACUCCACCCCUCUCCAUGUCGUUGACCUUUCCGAGAUAGUUGCACUCAUCGCUUUGGUCGCUUCGUUUAUUUACCUCCUUGGCUUCUUCGGAAUCGAUUUCGUCCAGUCGCUGAUCCUACGCCCCGCCAACGACGUCUGGACCGACGACGAAGAUCUCAUACUCAAGGAUGAUUCACGCUCUGUCUCGUGUGGUCAAGCCAUCGAUUGUUCUAUUCCCGUUGCUCCGACGAUUUUACCCGCCCCCAAAUUGCCUCUUGAUUCAGUUCCUGAAGAAGACGAGGAGAUCAUCCAAUCUGUUGUCACCGGAACGAUUCCGUCUUACUCUCUCGAAUCCAAGCUGGGUGACUGCAAGAGGGCCGCUGCUAUCAGGCGCCAUGCGUGUCAGAGGAUUACGGGUAAAUCUCUUGCAGGAUUGCCCUUGGAAGGUUUCAAUUACGACUCCAUUUUGGGGCAGUGCUGCGAGAUGCCGGUUGGAUACGUGCAGAUCCCAGUGGGGAUCGCAGGGCCAUUGUUGUUGGACGGGAGGGAGUUUUGUGUUCCCAUGGCGACGACGGAAGGGUGUUUGGUGGCUAGCACGAACAGGGGUUGUAAGGCAAUUCAUUUAUCUGGUGGGGCUACCAGCGUCCUGUUGAGAGAUGGGAUGACCAGAGCUCCUGUUGUCAGGUUUCCAACAGCCAAAAGAGCUGCUGAUUUGAAGAUUUAUCUUGAGAAUCCUGACAAUUUCGAAACCUUAUCCAUCGUGUUUAACAGAUCAAGUAGAUUUGCAAGGCUUCAAACGAUCAAAUGUGCUAUUGCUGGGAAGAAUCUGUAUGUUAGAUUUUCAUGCAGUACAGGUGAUGCUAUGGGGAUGAACAUGGUUUCCAAGGGUGUCCAGAAUGUCUUGGAUUUUCUCCAGACCGACUUCCCGGACAUGGAUGUUAUUGGAAUCUCUGGAAACUACUGCUCGGACAAGAAGCCUUCGGCUGUCAACUGGAUAGAGGGACGUGGGAAGUCUGUGGUUUGUGAGGCAAUAAUAAAGGGUGAGGUGGUGAGAAAGGUGUUAAAGACAAACGUGGAUGCGCUGGUUGAGCUUAACAUGCUCAAGAACCUUACUGGUUCUGCCAUUGCUGGAGCUCUAGGCGGCUUCAAUGCCCAUGCAAGCAAUAUUGUCACUGCAAUCUAUAUUGCAACAGGGCAAGAUCCUGCUCAAAACGUUGAGAGUUCACACUGCAUCACCAUGAUGGAAGCUGUUAACGAUGGCAAGGACCUUCAUGUUUCUGUGACAAUGCCUUCCAUUGAGGUUGGUACAGUUGGAGGUGGCACCCAACUUGCAUCUCAGUCGGCAUGUUUGAACCUGAUUGGUGUUAAAGGUGCAAGCAAAGAGUCACCUGGAUCAAAUUCAAGGCUGCUGGCAACCAUUGUUGCUGGUUCAGUUCUUGCUGGGGAACUUUCUCUGAUGUCUGCUCUUGCUGCUGGACAGCUUGUGAAGAGCCACAUGAAGUACAACAGAUCAAGUAAAGAUGUCUGUAAUGCCUCUUCAUAAUGAUAUCUAAAUAUAUAUAAAAAGAUAUAGAAGCAACUGCAAAUUGACUGUUGCCAUGGAGAAAGGCAAACUUUUUAACCCUUGUUGUGCUUGUCUUCUUUUCCAUUGUUUUACUCUUGUCUGCUUCUUUUGUAAUUUUUCAAUUCAUGUAAUCAUCAAAUUGUGUAAAAUUAUUUAAAAGAUAUUUCCAUUUUUACUGUGAUUUAAACUGGAGGAAA